GGACGAGUUUCUUCCCUUAGAACUACAUCGGCAAUCACAACAACACGGUGCUCGAGAGAAGGAUAUGAACAGGAUAUGACAAGCAAGAGAAGAAUCUAGAGUGAACUCACACCAUUUGCUGGUUCACUGUUAUUAACGACCUCGCGACCUCACAGAUACAUCAGAUACAUGAAAUGACGGAAGAAUAGCAGUUUCCCUUGCCAUAACCACUGAGCAGUGUCGUAAUUACAUGGGAGGUCAAGGUUCAAGGGCGUGAUCGAGCACUGCUGACGGAUACAAUGUCCGCAACCAUGAACUACCAUAGUCUACACUGCCGGGAGAUGGCAGUAGACCAACGGACGGGCGAACUUAGAUACGAUACUGCUUCUCCAGAUUUACCAGUUGCUCAGUUCAUUGGACCGAAGCCUUUGUCCAGAGUCUGUAACAGUUUUUCAAUAGAGAUCGCCAAUCCCGGCAUGCACAGCUACAUAGCAAUAGGAGUGUGUAACAGACACUACCCCGCCCACAGGCAGCCAGGGUGGAAGGCCAACUCCGUGGGGUACCACGCAGACGACGGAGGUAUUUAUUUGUCGACUGGAUCCCCGAAACACAAAUUUGGAACAAUCCGAGUGGGUGAAGUGAUGGGCUGCUCCGUGGACGUCACCGAUAAUACAGUCACGUUCUUCAGAAAUGGAAAUACGAUCUACAAGUCCCCUCCCCUGGCCGUCCCUCCCGGGGGGUUCUACCCCGUCGUUGGCCUCCACUCACACGGCGAGAGGGUCACCCUCCUGGAAGUAGAACCGUGGACGCCAGAUGUCAAGUCCUUUCCGGAGACAGAAGAUGUGGUAUACCAUUCCUUGUUCUGCCGAGAGGCGCGUGUGUCUCAUUCAUCAGGGACCGUAAGCUACGACUCCAUGUCCCCCGACAUCCCUGUUGGUCAGUUUCUGUCGGAGUGUCCACUCUCGCCGAUCUGUAACAAGUUUUCAAUCGAAAUUGCAAGCCAAGGACAAAUGUGCUGCAUAUCUAUCGGAGUGUGUCACCGCCGUUACCCCGGCAACAGACAACCUGGAUGGCUGCCCAACUCAAUUGGAUAUCAUGCGGACGACGGAGGCAUCUGCCACGGAAGAGGGCAGCCAUCUGCGCAAGGCCCCCGCGCCAGGGCAGGUGACACGAUGUCCUGUGAAGUGGACUUCCGCACUAACACCGUCAUAUUCUGCCGGAACGACACAGUGGUGUACAGGAGCCCCGCCCUCAGGCUCCCUCCGGGAGGGUUCCACGCUGCAGUUGGAUUCCACUCCCACGGCGAGUCAGUCUGUCUACUGGAGAUGGAGCCAUGGAGAUCUGCUGACGACCAGUAUUUACCCCCGCCAGUUCAACAGCUGUAUCACUAUUCUGUGUGCAAGGAUGCUUCUUUGAACCAAGCCAGUGGGAUGUUAAGCUACAAUGGAGGGGAUACUGGGCCUGUUGCUCUCUUGGUUUCAAAGUGUCCUCUUGCUCCAGAUAUUAACAGUUUUUCUAUUGGAAUUGUAGACCAAGGAAUAGGGUGCAGAAUUGCGAUGGGGCUGUGCCCUCAACAUUAUCGGACGGACAGCCAGCCGGGGUGGCACAAGCACUCCAUAGCCUACCAUGCAGAUAACGGCGGCAUAUACGCUGCCACAGGAGUUGCCAAGAAGUCACUUCCUAUAGCUAGGCAGGGCGCCACCAUGACUUGUCAGUUCAACUUCUCGGACCAAACAGUCACAUUUCUCAACAAUGGGAAAAAGGUGUAUCAGUCCCCACCCCUGACAGUGCCCCCUGGUGGCUUCUAUGCAGCUGUAGGAUUACACUCACAAGGGGAGACAAUCAGGUUGUGUGAAGUUGAGCCUUGGAGAGGAGAUGACCCACUGCCCUGUCUGGAACCAGGAGUGACGCCGGACGCCCAGAGUAUGCCCGUGUGUACUGUGUGCAUGGACAGAGCGGUCACCCACUUCCUGAUUCCCUGUGGUCACACCUUCUGUGCUGAGUGUAUGGGAGAGUGGUCAGCUGUCCAGAAGACCUGUCCAACAUGCCGGACCACCUAUCAAGAAGUGAAAACUUUGUUUUUUGGAUAGUUUUGCGAAAAUCGUAGUGACUUAGACAGUCGAUAUUUUAUUUAGUGUGUUUUGGUGUAUUGAGAUUCGAAACCGUGUCGUACAUGUACAUACGACGAGCGAGAACAACGAAUGUCUCUGUUUAAAAUGUACUUGUUUGUGAUGAGUGAGUGACCACUGGUCAUAAGGCCACGUCACUCAUUGGGAGAAGAAAAACGGGUUUAGCACAGUGUAACUAUUUCAAGAAUUGACCCCAGUCUUGGGCCUGACAGGCCAAUGUCACUGCCACAACAACAUACACAGAAGCAAGGUUUAACUGAGCUUAAGUCAGCAUUGGCGGAUUCCACCAGUUUGGUUUGUUCACACAAGUUGGAGAAAAUGCAAUUCAGAUAUAACAAAUAUGAAAACAACUGUAUUAGAAUUAUUGGAACUGUUCCAGAUGCUCAAGACAUUACCAGGAUCAUAUUCCUAUUGUUAAAAUUGUUAAAUGUAUAUAUUUAUUAAAUGUGUGAUAUUGAUUGCGACAUAAUGUUAAGUUUUCUAAAUAUCAAUCAUUCCCGAACAAUAUGUUAAUAUUCAAUCAAAUAUAAUCUGGGAAACUGUUAUCCGCCCAGUCGUAACUGAUGUCUUGUCGGUACAAAUGUACGCACUUUUGGGAUUAGAGCCCACACUGUCAGAGUGAGGCACCUAAUCGCCAGCACACAAAGUCCGCGAUCUAACCCGCUCAGCCACCAAGGUUUUCACAAAAAUGAAUGUUCAUAGCUUUCACCCAUGGGGCCCGUGCCAAUUUACACUUGUCAGAGGGGUACACAAAGUGCGGGAUCUAGACCAUCAGUUACUUUAAUAAGAAAGUGUUAUCCCAAAUAUAACAUAUGCAUGUAUUGCAUCAAAAGCCAAUAAAAUAUGAACUUAUUAA